ACUCCAUCCGUCUCUUAAACAACAAAACAACAAGACAUCCUUCAUUUCACUCUCUAAACCCACUCUUAAACCCUAAUCACGACAACAAAUGUCUGGUUUUAACUACAACGACUCAUUAAACCCAUCUGAUUCCGUUAACGACGGCGUUAACCCACCCGCUUUCUACCGGAACCCUAGUUUCAGCAACGUUAUCUUAAACGAUAACUGGAGCGACUUGCCGUUAAGCGUCGACGACUCACAAGACAUGGCUAUUUACAACACUCUCCGCGACGCCGUUAGCUCCGGCUGGACACCCACCGUUCCUCCCCUCUCCUCUCCAGCGGAAGCCACCGUGAGAGAAGAGAAGACGGUGGUUGCGUCGGAAGCGAGUGGCUCCAACGCUCAGCCGAGGCAAAAGGGAAUGCAGUACAGGGGAGUGAGGAGGAGGCCGUGGGGGAAGUUCGCGGCGGAGAUAAGGGAUCCGAAGAAGAACGGAGCUAGGGUUUGGCUAGGGACUUACGAGACGCCGGAAGACGCGGCGGUGGCUUAUGACCGAGCUGCGUUUCAGCUUAAGGGAUCGAAAGCUAAGCUUAACUUUCCACAUUUGAUUGGUAGCUGUCAGUACGAACCGGUUAGGAUCAGGCCUCGCCGCCGUUCUCCGGAACCUUCGGUCUCCGAUUACUCUUCACCGGAGCAGAAGAGUGUAGCCCACGUGGAGGACGGAGAGUCUAGCUUGGUUGUCUCGGAUUUGGACUUCACUACUGUGGAUCCAUCGGCAUAUACGUAUUUUGAUAAUCGGCAAUGAACUUAUUACAUAAAGGCUUUUGAAAUAAAAUUUAAUUUGUGUGUAUGGUUUUGCUUUCUCUGAUCGAUGAUACGAUCAAUAGGUUUUGAUCAUAUCAUAUGUAAUGUGAUUAUGUGAUGGAAACUCAAUAUGGACUCUUUUUAUAGUAACUCUGAUAACUUCCAUAAUCAUUUAUUCCUAUUUGUUUCUGAUAUUAAAUUUUCCUUUUAAAAACAACUAGAGUCAAACUAGGAGAUUUUCAUUUUGAUAUGGGAGC